AUGAGCGCAAGGGGGGACGCUUUGACGGUGGAGUUUGGGGAAGGGCGGAGUGUUGUGCUGGAGGGGGGAAGGCAAUUGGCGGAAGUGGGGACGUGGGGAAUCGGCGGUCCUGCUGAGUGGCUGGCGGAGGUGACGACAGUUGAUGAGAUGGCGGCGGUGCUUAGGUUCUGCCACAGCAACAGCAUCCGCGUGGUGGUGGUAGGCAAGGGCUCCAACUGUCUGUUUGAGGACCGCGGGUUCAAGGGGUGUGUGAUCGUCAACAGAAUCGCGUACAAGCGCGUGGAGUACACAGAUACUGCUACUGCUGCUGCUGCUGCUGCUGCUGUGGCUGCACAUAUGCACAGAGAUUGCAGCCCCAACCAGAGCGACAGCAGUAACAGCAACGACAGCCGUAGCAGCAGCAGUGGCAGCAGCAGCAGCAGCAGCAGCAGCAGCAAUGGCAGUAGCGAGGGUACUGAGAAUUUUCCCUGCGACGCUCAAGUGCAGGUGGGGGGAGGGUACCCGUUCAACCUGCUGGGAGUGGAGUGCUCGCGAGAUGGCCUCUCAGGGCUGGAGUUUGCAGGCGGCAUUCCCGGCACCGUGGGGGGCGCUGUCUUCAUGAACGCUGGGGCGGAUGGGCAGGAAACAGCCGACUGUUUACUCUCGGUGGACGUCCUCUCUCCCACCGGCACUCUACUUUCCUUCUCUCGCUCUGGCCUCACCUUCUCGUACCGCCACUCGCCCUUCCAGCACAUGCCCGACUGUGCUGCCAUAGUGGGAGCAACUUUCGGUCUGCGGAGUAGCAGUGAGGCACGGGACAGGCAGAGACGAUACAUGGACAGGCGGCGGCAAUCCCAGCCUAUUGCAGAUCGAUCGGUUGGUUGCAUCUUCCGCAACCCUGCACCCCCCUCUGCUUCUGCUCCUCUCUUUAGCUCUGCUCCCCCCGCAGCUUCCUCACCACCAGCCGGUUUAGUAGCAGCUGGUGCGGCAGCAGUUGCUCUCCCAGCCUCUGCAGGUGCUCUGAUAGACCGGGCUGGGCUGAAGGGUCUGCGUGUUGGAGAUGCCUUUGUGUCGCCAAUGCAUGCUAAUUUUCUUGUUAAUGGUGGGGCGUGCAGUAGUGAGGAUAUGGAAGGGCUGAUUGUGGAGGUGAAGAGGAGGGCUCCUCCCUCUUCCACUCCUCAAGACGAGUCACUCCCAGCUUCGCAGCAACUUCCAAGCAUUCCGUCGUCGUUAACCGAAGCGAGGCCUUCUCUCCUCGACGCUCUUAAAGCCGCGGUCAAGCCUGCGCUCGCCGCGCUCCUAAUCUCCGCCGUCCUCGCCGCCGGCGCUCCGGACGCCGCACUCGCCGCGAUGGGCGGCGGAAGAAUCGGAGGAAGCGGCUUCGGCGCCUCCCGCAUGCGCUCCUACGCCCCACCCCCCUCCGCGCCCCGCGGCGGCGGAUACUCCUACAAUGCGCCCCCCGUGAUCGUCGGCCCGUCCGUCCCGUUCUUCGCGCCCUCCCCGUUCUUCUUCUUCGGCCCUUCCAUCGCCUACGGCGGCGGCGGCGGCGGAGGGAUCUUUAAUCUCCUCGUUAUCGGGAUCGUGAUCUGGUUCGUGUCGCAGUCAGUUAUGGGGUUUCUAAGCUCCGCGCAGGAGGAGGGAGUGUGGCAGGAGACGCAGCGCAGCAGCGUGGUGAGGCUGCAGGUUGGAUUGCUAGGCUCGGCGAGGCGCCUGCAACGGGAUCUGGAUCGUAUCGCGGAUCGCGCGGAUGCGAGCUCACCCGAGGGCCUUCAUUACAUCCUGCAAGAGACGGUGCUCGCGCUGCUGCGCAAUCCGGACUAUUGCAUCUAUGGCUUCUCCUCCUCAGAGAUAAACAACGACUCGUAUGCUGGCGAAGCUGCUUUCAACCGCAUGAGCAUGGAGGAGCGGAGCAAGUUCAAAGAGGAGACGCUGGUGAAUGUGGACGGCAUCAGGCGGCGCAUCACGCGCAAGCCCAGUCAGGACCGCAUGAACUCUGAAUACAUCGUGGUGACAGUGCUCGCAGCAGCAGAGGGCACGUUCAAGCUGCCGGAAAUCAAAUCUUCGAGUGAUCUGAGGGAAGCCUUGAAUCGCCUCGGUUCUGUCCCUGCUGAUGAGCUUCAGGCUGUUGAA